CUCAAAGUUGGUAUUUAUCACAAGCGGAAUAAAGAAAAAUUAUUUCUGUCCCUGAAAAUUCGAGUCUCUCAUUUUUCCAUGGCGUUUCCUUCUUGGUUCACUCGGUUUAGUUCCAAACAAAUUUAUAGAUCUCUUCGAACUACAACAUCAUCUUUCAACAAUACUUAUUCUCACAUCUCUCAAACCCCAUCAACAUUAUCUUCUACUUCGAUUAUAGAGAAGAUUAUUAGCACUGAAGGAAACAAACAUUACUUUUCAUGGUCGUCUUCUUUACUUCCUCUUGCACUCACAUUUUCUGCUGGAUUAUUUUCCUUAGAUUCUCAGAGAAAUAUUUCUGUUUGUGAUUCUAAUGUCACUGAUGGUGUUCGUUAUGGAGGCAAAGGGAGUACUGAACAUGUUGUUGGGGGUAAUUCUAAGGAGAUCCCUCAAGAGCUUAUCAAAGAAUUGGAAGCUAUCUGUCAAGAUAAUAUGACAAGGGAUUACGAAGAGAGAUAUUUCCAUGGAAAACCACAGAACAGCUUUCACAAAGCUCUAAAUAUCCCGGAUAUUGUUGUUUUUCCAAGGUCUGAAGAGGAAGUUUCCAAGAUAGUUGCAUCCUGCAACAAUCACAAGGUUCCUAUCAUACCAUAUGGUGGAGCUACGUCAAUUGAGGGUCAUACCUUGGCACCUAAUGGGGGUGUAUGCAUUGACAUGACACUAAUGAAAAAUGUUAAAUCGUUAAAUAUAGAGGAUAUGGAUGUUGUGGUUGAGCCUGGAAUUGGAUGGAUGGAGCUCAAUGAAUAUCUAGAGCCUUAUGGUCUGUUUUCCCCCCUCGAUCCGGGACCUGGUGCAACCAUCGGUGGCAUGUGUGCGACACGUUGCUCUGGCUCUUUAGCCGUAAGGUAUGGGACUAUGCGCGAUAAUGUCAUAAGUCUUAAGGUAGUCCUUGCUAACGGGGAUGUGGUGAAGACCGGAAACCGGGCUCGGAAGAGCGCUGCAGGGUACGAUUUAACUCGCUUAAUUAUUGGAAGUGAAGGAACCUUGGGCGUGAUAACGGAGGUCACUCUAAAACUACAAAAGAUCCCUCAGCACUCAGUGGUUGCAAUGUGCAAUUUUCCAACUGUUAAGGAUGCAGCUGAUGUUGCCAUAGCUACUAUGCUAUCUGGGAUACAGGUGUCUAGAGUAGAGCUCUUGGAUGAGGUUCAAGUGAAGGCCAUCAAUCUGGCAAAUGGGAAAAAUCUGCCAGAGCUUCCAACUCUGAUGUUUGAAUUUAUAGGCACAGAGGCAUAUUCUCGUGAGCAAACACUUAUUGUUCAAAAGCUUGUUUCGGAGCACAAUGGCUCUGAUUUUGUUUUUUCUGAAGAACCUGAAGCAAAGAAGGAACUUUGGAAGAUAAGGAAGGAAGCUCUCUGGGCCCUUUUUGCAAUGGAACCUGAUUUUGAAGCAAUGAUCUCGGACGUGUGCGUUCCCUUGUCACGGCUUGCGGAAUUAAUAUCACUGAGUAAAAAGGAGAUUGAUGCGUCACCAUUGGUGUGCACGGUUAUUGCUCAUGCUGGUGACGGUAACAUGCAUGCUCUGAUUCUGUUUGAUCCUGAUAAAGAAGAGCAAAGACAGGAAGCAGAAAAACUAAACCAGUUGAUGGUCUAUAAUGCCUUGGAAAUGCAAGGGACUUGUACCGGAGAACAUGGUGUUGGCACUGGAAAAAUGAAGAUUAAGAUUCUACAUCUAUCUGUUAAAAAGAUUGUUUCUAUAUAUUUGCAGUAUCUUGAGAAAGAACUUGGCAUUGAGGCGUUACAGACGAUGAAAAAAAUUAAGUCGGUUUUAGAUCCGAACAAUAUCAUGAAUCCAGGAAAAAUCAUUCCUCCACAUGUUUGUUUCUAAGCUCUUGGGCAGACAGAUACUACAUUUCGGAGCGUAAUACAAGAAUUAGAUCUGCCAUUAAUACUUCAUUUGUCCGCCAUGUUGAGUCUGUCCCGGCUGAAAGGGUAUCCAUUUGUCCUUUUUUUUUUAAACACGUCGAUUAUUUUCAGUGAAGACGGCUAUAUGUAUCUAUCGGUAUGUAAUUUACGCAAAAAUAAUUUUCCCCUUGUUUCAUCUAAUCUAACCAAUAUAAAGAAGAGGGAGGAUCCCCUCACACUUCUAUAUUCA